CAAAUAUAUUGCGUACAUCCGCACAUGCGCAGUACCGCCCUUUAGAAAGUCCUUUUUAUGUCUAGCGUUGAACGACUAGCAUCAAACGAGCAUCAAGAUGCAGCUUUUCUUGCGUGCCCAAAACACACACACCCUUGAGGUGACCGGCCAGGAAACGGUUGGACAGAUUAAGGCCCACGUCCAGGCUCUGGAGGGUCUUUUGGUUGAGGAUCAGGUGCUGUUGUUUGCUGGGUGCCCACUGGAGAAUGAUGCAUCCCUGGCUUCCUGCGGUGUUUCAGAGCACUGCACCUUGGAGGUAGCUGGCAGGCUGCUGGGAGGUAAGGUUCACGGAUCUCUGGCCCGUGCUGGCAAAGUGAGGGGACAGACACCCAAGGUUGACAAGCAGGAGAAAAAGAAAAAGAAGACUGGUCGUGCCAAGCGUCGCAUCCAGUACAACAGGCGCUUUGUGAACGUUGUGGCCACCUUCGGAAAGAAGAAGGGACCCAAUGCCAACUCCUAAGUGAUUGAUUCCCAAAGGGAGAAGCAAGUUAAAUGUUAUCCUAUACAGAAUAAAAAUUUGGCUUUGACAAAAUGAA